UGUGAUCUGUGGUGCGGUGUAGUGUAGUGUUAACCCUUUAUCACCUUUUAUCAGAAAUAGAAGUUAAUACAGUUUUUCCCUUAAAAUAAUUAGGUGAAUGAGUUAAAAAGUCCUAUCCGGUGUCUACACUUAGCAAUAUGACCGUGGAGGUAACAUCGAAACAGAUUCAAGACUUGCGAACGAAUUUUUUGAAAGAGCUCGAAAAUCGAGGGGAAUGUUCAGUGCAUCCAGACGAUUUGGAGCGCAUUAAAUCCGGAGACGAAUGGUUGCAAAGAUUCCUCUUGCAUCAUGAUGCGCGUGAAAAGGAAGCCUACGAUAUGUUAUGGGAAGCAGUGGUAUGGCGAAAGGAAUUUAAAACAAAUGAAAUAAAUGAGUCAAAUGUAAAUUUGGAUUUUUUAAAAGAAGGCAUCUUUUUUUACCAUGGCCGAGACAAAGAGGGAUGUUUGUUGUUCAUUUUCAAAGCAAAGAAGCACGUCAAGGGGCAGUACGACUUUGAAGACGUUAAACGGGCCGUUAUUUAUUGGCUCGAACGAAUGGAAAGGUAUGAUAAAGGAAAACCGGUUUCUCUGUUUUUUGAUAUGGAGGGAUGCGGUGUAUCUACUGUCGAUAUGGACAUAAUCAAGUAUAUUAUACACGUAUUUAAAAAUUACUAUCCAAAUUUUCUAAACUACAUUAUUAUUUUGGAAAUGGCAUGGAUAUUAAAUGCUCUUUUUAAGGUAAUUAAAACGAUGCUUCCCGAAAAGGCGGUCGAACGAAUAAAAAUGAUAAAAAAACCGGACCUAAAGUCAUACGUGGAUCCUGAUCAGUCCUUAAAAUGCUGGGGCGGUAAUGACAAUUACGUUUUCGUAUUUGAGCCAGAAGAAAGAGAAGUUUCGCAUAAUACAACCAUUAUAAAUAAUAAAAAGGUACAUUUCGCCGAUGGAUCUCCGAAUACGGAAACCUCUACGAGUUACGCCGACCAAUCGGAGAGCGGCGGAAGCGCUUUAAAAGUAACGCCGGCCAGUAUAAUAACUUUCGUUAAAGAAGGUACCGAGCUUGUUAGCACCUUGGAACUGCACAAUACGGAUAAGGAAAUUAUAUUCUCGUACAAGAUGAAAACAACUUCGCCAGAGAAGUUUAGAGUUCGUCCAAGCGCCGGUUGCCUGCCUCCUGGCGGUUCGGCAACAGUUAGCGUAACUCUCUUACAUGGAUUUCAGUUGGGAGGACUGUCGAGGGAUAAAUUUCUUAUAAUGAGUAUGCCUGUGGAUAGUGUGGAUCUCUCUCCUCAGGAAUUAAUAGAACUUUGGAAAAAUACCUCAAACAAGAGCAUAUCUGAGCAUCGAUUGCGCUGCUCGCAAGGAGACCAGCUCGUCAAGAACGGCAGCGCCUUACCAUCCCAUACGCAGCUCGACGGCGACAAGCCUCAGUUAACACAAAUUUCGAACAAAUUACUGCAGCUGAGCAAUUGCCAGUCGGAACUGCACAUUGUAGUCAAACGCACGCAACAGCUGCAGUGGAUUAUGAUGUUUCUUGUCGUUUGCUUAGGACUCCUUACGCUAUAUGUAUUCAAGAAUGCGGUGUACGAUCGACCAGGAUUCUGUUACAAGGACAGAAGGGACGAGGAUGUCGAUUUGUAAACAUCGUGUUUGUUUAAUAAAAAAAAAAACAGUGAUUACUGGGUUUGGUGCUUGUUCUUGUAGAUUGGGGGUACUGCCAGUUUGGUUUAAGUACCCACUUUGCGGUACAUAUCUAUUUGCCAUUUAGGUAACGAAAUCAUUUUCGGCGGAUAACCUAAGGAAUACAAUCACACUAAAGACUGACCUAGUCUAGUCUGCAUAAUUCCUUGGGUAUCACGUGUUUAGUCCGUCAUAUCAUUCUGUUCGGCCAUACAAGGGGAGCAUAACUAAUUUUCUUUGGCAGAUUUGUUUGUAUUACAUUCCGGAAGUAUUUUUAUGUUUUGAAAGUUUAUUAUUUUUUGUUGUUAUUUUCUGUAGUCUAUGUGCAUGCUGUGACCUUUCUUGUGUAGCGACUGCUGAUUUGUAGCAGUUUGAUAGAAUGCGUGGGACCAUCACUUGAUCAUCUAACAAACUGAUUGGAAAUGGUAGUCGCUUUACUCAUAUCUUAUUAAAAAAUGUUUUGUUAAAUUUUUGUUUUUAUUUUCACUAAUCGUAUUCUAAAGCGAAUUAAGUCUGAUUGACAAUACUCUACAUAUUUUUUUCGCUGUGUAUGGCUACCGGUGUAAAGGCACUAAGUAAUCUGUGGACCAGUUUGUUUGCAUCUUAUUCCAUGUUCAUUUUAGGCAAUUUAUCAUCUCCAUACCUUAUGCACAUUGAUUAUUAAGGUCCACAUUGUAAAAGAGGAAUUAAAUAAUUAAUAGCUACUGAUACUAAACUAAAUGCAUAUUUUGUUCAUAACUUGUAUUUUUUAUAUUUUUAUAACAAUGUAUUUAGUAAUAUGUAAGAUAGAUUCUAUUUUAGUUCGAGUAUGCUUUACACGUUACUAAAAACAAAGCGUGUUAAAUUUGUUCAGUAAUUUAGAAACGACAAUCACUUUUGUUAGCGCCCAAUACAGCAAAUGUGUAGUGUAGUAGUUUAAAAAAAUGCAUCGAGUUACUAAUUGCCAAGAUAAUAUGUUAUUUACGUAUAGGUGUUGUAGAACAUAAACAUAUGUGUAUUAGUGUUCGUAUAUCGUUGUUAUAAUUUUUUUAAUUCAAAAUUUGCUGUACCUGGAAUUAUGCUAGAUUUUUAUUUGAAAAGUCGUAGAAAUACUGUUUAAGUUGCUGUUAUUCCUACUUAUAAUGUUACCAAUAAUAUUUAUUAUUAAAGUGCCUACACUAAACUUUU